CUUUGAUGAACGUCACUGUGAUGUGAGUCUGUGACCACACCAUACCAUACCCACCUCUCUUGUUCCUUUCCAUUUCUUUCUACUCCCAACUUUCUAUUUACUUACCCCAAAAACAAUCUCACCUGACCUCUCUCUCUCUCUCUCUCAGUAGGUUCUUUCCCCACCACUAAAAUAAACAGUUUUGCUUAAUAUUGCAAUCUUCAGGGAACAUGGGAGUUUGUUUGAGUGCUCAAAUCAAAGCUGAGAGUCCUUUUAACACUGGGUUCAAUUCAAAGAACUCAAAUUCAGCUGGAAAUGAUCUGAGCAGCACAAACAGUAAGGUUUCAGCUGCAUCAGUGCCUCCGACUCCUCGGAGCGAGGGCGAGAUCUUGCAGUCAUCAAAUUUAAAGAGCUAUACCUUAGCUGAACUUAAGUCGGCUACUAGAAAUUUUCGACCGGAUAGUGUGUUAGGAGAAGGUGGUUUUGGAUCAGUUUUUAAGGGUUGGAUCGAUGAGAAUACAUUGGUUGCUGCCAAACCGGGUACUGGCAUAGUUAUUGCUGUUAAAAGACUUAAUCAAGAAAGCUUCCAGGGUCACAGGGAGUGGUUGGCUGAAGUCAACUAUCUUGGACAGUUUUCUCAUCCUCAUUUAGUGAGAUUGAUCGGUUAUUGCCUUGAAGAUGAACACCGUCUUCUCGUCUAUGAGUUUAUGCCUCGUGGAAGCUUGGAGAAUCACUUGUUCAGGAGAGGAUCAUAUUUUCAACCUCUUUCAUGGAGCCUUCGUCUGAAGGUUGCUCUUGACGCUGCCAAAGGGCUUGCAUUUCUGCACAGUGAUGAAAAUAAAGUGAUAUAUAGAGAUUUUAAGACUUCAAAUAUCUUGUUGGAUUCCGAUUAUAAUGCAAAGCUUUCUGAUUUCGGGCUGGCAAAGGAUGGUCCAACAGGUGACAAAAGCCACGUCUCCACCAGGGUAAUGGGAACCUAUGGAUAUGCAGCUCCUGAAUAUCUAGCUACAGGUCAUCUUACUACUAAGAGCGAUGUCUAUAGUUUUGGAGUUGUCCUGCUUGAAAUGUUAUCCGGUAAGAGGGCAGUUGACAAGAAUAGACCAUCUGGACAACACAGCUUGGUGGAAUGGGCUAAACCCUAUCUCGCUAACAAACGUAAGGUUUUCAGUGUGUUAGACAGUCGGCUCGAAGGACAGUAUUCAUCAGAUGAGUCCUACAGGGUAGCCACACUUGCUUUGCGAUGCCUAUCAACAGAAUCCAGGUACAGGCCCAACAUGGAUGAAGUUGUUAGAAUUUUGGAGCAGCUCAAGGUUCCUGAUGUGAAUGUAAAUCGUAAGCGUGCGCGGAGAAAAAGUGCUGAUGAUGUUACCCGUGUGAGGACUCACAAAUCUUGUGCUAGUGCCAAGACUCACACAUCUUAUCCACGUAUCACGUUAUCUCCUCUCUAUACUUGAAAUUGAAGAUACGCAAAACCUUUCAACUUAGCAGAAUUGAAUGUUCUGUGGCCAAACUAGGGAAAGCACCAUGCAUAAUUUGCCGGCGAUCUUGUCAUGAAUACUAGCACCUCUGUACUGUACAUAUCAUAUUCCAGCUAAUAUAUUCAAAACCAAGCUUCUCUUAACAUUUCUAGGUGAGAUUGUUGAUGUUCAGCAAUUAAUAUAUAUUUUGAGCUAUGUAGCAUCGACACUUCACAUAAAAGGCUAUCCGACAUGUGGUUACUUUCAUCUUUUCCAUUUUCUAAUAUUAUUUGUGUCCGUCCGUGUCAUCGAUGCUUCCUAGGUUUUGAGUUCUGUCAAGUAGCUGGGGUUUGUAGGUACUUUUGUAUCAUUGCUAUGGUUAGCUCAUUUUUGUUAGUGUCUGUGUUGGGGUGAUGUCGUUUUUCCUAAUCUAUUUUGUAACACAUGGUUGCCAUAGUAUAUAAUAUAGUACUAAAAAUAUUUUAAGGGCUGAUG